AGGAUGAGCGCCUAUGCUGACAUCUGCGGGUCCAAGCAUGCACAGGGCAGCACCGAGGGAGGGUACCAACGCUACGGAGUUCGGUCCUACCUGCAUCAGUUUUAUGAGGACUGCACAGCUUCAAUUUGGGAGUAUGAGGAUGAUUUUCAGAUCCAGAGAUCGCCUAGCAGGUGGAACUCUACAUUCUGGAAGGUCGGACUCAUCUCUGGGACGGCUUUUAUGCUGAUAGGUUUAACGGUUCUUGUAGUGGGUUUUAUUGUGCCACCGAAAAUCGAAGCUCUCGGGAAAGAUGAUUUUGUGGUGGUGGAUACCCGUGCCAUUCAGUUUAAUGGGUCCCUUGAUAUAUGCAAGCUGGCGGGAGCAAUCUUGUUUUGCGUCGGAGGGUCCACCGUGGCGGCGUGUCUGCUGAUGUCUGCUUUUGCUAAAAGUUACUCCAAAGAAGAAAAGUACCUCCAGCAAAGAUUUAAAGAGAGAAUAGCCGAUAUAAAAGCCCAUGCAAACCCAGUCACAAAAGCGCCAGCACCGGGAGAAUCAAAGAUACCCGUCACUUUGUCCAAAGUUCAAAACGUCCAACCUUUAUCUGAAACCUGACCCUUUCCCUAGGUUUUGUUUCUCACUUGUAGAUCACUUUAACUAGAAAAUACCAGCUGUUGUUGGCAUACGUGCUAGUCAAUUACAUCGAGUGCUCUGCUGUACAAACACACAGCUGAUGGGGAAGCUGCUCCAAUACAAAUCUAGGAUUGGGAAAAGGGAAAUUAUGUGAUUAGACCUGUGACCAAUAUAUUCGAUGUAUUUGAACAUUUUAAUCUGUGUUGAACCAAUAAGUCCCUGCAACAACGGUGAGGUGUUUAGCUUAUCAGAUCGCAUCCCUGGAAAACACAGGGUGCGUUUACGACAGCUGUACCAGGAACGCCCUACAUCCCACUGUUUAGAUGAGUUGGCUUUUUGUUUAAUUUCCUUCUUGCCUUUAAAAUACGGUUUAGUCUUACUUUCACUGUCUGGUUCUGCUGUCUGGGAAGCCAAGAUUCUGCCCUUGUAAUUUGCACUUGUCCUCCUGUCCCAUGCUACAGCCAGUAUCAAAGUAAUACGGCACAGGUAAAACAUACGUGACAACGAGUGCCCUUAAUUUGAUCCUGGCACACGUUGCUUCCCAGCAACGUUAUGUUCUGGGAAAAGCAAGUUCUAUGUGAUCCCGAGUUACAACUGCCCUGUGCAAAACUGCCACUUUUGUCUUGGUCAUUGCCAAAUUAACAAAAAAUACAAAAUAAAGAAUGCAUAUGGG